AGGUGAUGCUGGGCUACCUUCCGGCGCAACCGCGUUCGGAGUGGCCAUCGAUCGAGGCGGAGAGGAGGGCCAGCUACGCCCGCUGGAAGGCUGACCUCGUCGCCGUCUCCGAGUCGUUCCGCGUCGACGUGCGGGGGGUGCAGGGCCAGCAGGUCGCGGACAGCCUGAGCCUGCUGCAGCAGAUCCAGAAGGACGUCCACCGCACGCAGCCCCUGGUGGAGUUUUUCCAGAGGCCUGCUACGCAGGCCGCCCUCUCCUCGCUGCUCCUGGUCUACGCCAGGAGGAACCCAGAGGUGCAAUACAUCCAGGGGAUGAACGAGGUGGCCGCGGUUUUGCUCCACGUGGCCUCCGAGGCGAGUGCAGACGAGCAUGCGGAGGCAGACGCGUUCUGGUGCUUUAGCCUGCUGAUGCAGGACAUCCGGGGCGCGUUCAUCCAGGCCGUGGACGGCUGCUCCGGGCACGGCGCUCCCUCGCACGCCUCGCCGGCCGCCAAGGCGGAGCCGGGGGCCGUGGGCAAGCUGCUGCGGGCGCUGCGGCUGUACGACCCCGAGCUCGGCGCGCACCUGGAGGGCGCGGGCGUGCCGGUGGGCGUGUUCGCGUUCCGAUGGUGCACCGUGCUCUUCGCGCAGGACCUGCCCCUGGCCGGCGUGGUGCGGCUGUGGGACUGCCUGCUGGGCGACCCGCUGCGGUUCGAGCUGCUGAGCCAGGUGGGGCUCGCGGCGCUGCUCACCUCGCGGGAGCGGCUGCUGGCCGCCUCCGAGCAGGGCCAGCUGGCCGAGCUGGUCAGCGGCGCGCCGCGGAUGGCCUCCCUGGAGGCGCUGCUGGCUCACACGUGGGCGAUCUGCGCGCUGGAGAGGAGGGCGCAGACGCCACCCUUCCCGACCAGAUCGGCCGCGCAGCUGGUGCAGGACCUGUCUGGAUGGGCCCGCGGCGCCGCCGCGCAGCUCGCGCCCGCGCUGCGGCCAGCGGCGGGCGCGUUGGCCGGCGGCCUGGGGGCGGGGCUGGCGCAGAGGGCGCCGCCCUUGGUGAAGGAGACGGUGGGCCAGGCGUCCGAGAAGGUCGCCUCGGCCGCGAGGACCGCGGUGGCCUCCGCGCCGUCGGCGGCGCAGGCUUUCGUCACCGGCGCCCCGGCGGCUGCCCACAGCGGCGCGCACGCCGUGGCGAGCUGGUUCAACGAGCCGGCCCCCACCCGAGUCCGUGGAGCAGGCGGGGGCGGCGGCCGCGUCGCUGUGGCAGGCGGUGCGGGCCAGGGGCGCGGAGGCGGUGUCCAGGGCGCAGACGAUCGCUGGCUCGGAGCAGGCGGAGGCGGCGAAGGAGGCGGCGAAGGCCACGCUCGGCACCGCCGUGGGCGCCGCGGCGGGCGCCUCCGCGGCGGCGGGCGGCGCCGUGCUCGCGCGCCUGGCGGG